GAUGUACGUGGCUUUCCCGGGCGACAUGCUGCUGCGAAUGCUGCAACUCUGCGUGAUGCCGCUCAUCACCGCCUCGAUCGUGGCUGCCAUCGGUGGCGUCGACCUCCGACUGGCCGGUCGUCUGGGCAGGCGUGGCUUCAUCUACUACAUGGCCACCACGGUGAUCGCCGAGAUCGAGGGCCUGGCGCUUGUCUUCCUCAUUCGACCCGGAGUCAACGCCAACGUACAACUGGCGAAGGCACCGCCCAAGAGGGUCUUCUACCUGGCCGACGCCAUCAUGGACAUCGCCAGGAAUAUGAUUCCUCCAAAUCUCGUUGAAGCGACCCUUUAUUCCUGGUCCACCAAGGUUAUACUUCCAGCUCCACCAGAGGCGGGCAACUUCACGGGCGAAGAGGAUCUCGAGCCCGAGUUCGUGGUUGAGCGCUCUCGGGGCACGAACGUGCUCGGCCUGCUGGUGUUCGCGGCCUUCGUGGGCUCCAUCAUCGCAGCCACCGGCGAGCGAAACCGGGCCGUGCACGACCUGGUCGUCAGCAUCACGGACAUCAUGAUGAGCCUCAUACGAAUCGUCAUGUGGUACUGCCCGGCCGGUGUGGGCUUCCUCAUCGCGCACCGCAUUCUGGCCACGGGCAAUUUGGGCCUCGUGCUCUCGCAGCUGGGCCUGUACGUGGUCACCGUGCUCGUGGGACUGGCCAUCCACAUGUUCAUCGUGCUGAGCGCCUUGUACCUGGUGUUCGUGCGUCGACAUAGCCCAAUUAUCCGUGCUACUGCAUGUAACUCUUGUUGGAGAGGUGUACAGGAGAGCGGCUGGUCUACGUAUCGCUUCGUCUUAACUUCCACCUCACCCCUAAAACUGUGCAGUUCGGCGACGGUCCCUGUGACCAUAGCGACGCUGGAGGACCGCGUUGGGCUGGAUCCGCGGGUUGUACGCUUCAUGGUGCCCGUAGGCGCAACGGUCAAUAUGGACGGCGCGGCGCUCUACGAGGCCGUGUCCGCCGUCUUCCUGGCGCAGUUGCACGGCGUCGAAAUGGACAUCGGCAGGGUACUGGCUGUCAGCGUGACUGCGACGGUGGCCAGCGUGGGUGCAGCGGGCAUACCAGGAGGGGGCCUCGUCACCAUGGUGAUUGUCCUGCAGGCCGUCGGGCUGCCAGCCGAGGACAUCGGACUCAUCGCCACUGUCGACUGGUUCCUUGACCGAUUCCGGACGGUGGUGAACGUGAUUGGCGACUGCGUGGGUGCCGCCAUCGUGCACCAGCUUAGCCAGGCCGACCUCAAUGUAGGUGUCGUCAACGAGGACGACAACGCCCUGUCGUCCGCAAUCCGCCCCAAGGCUUUCGUGUGACGCGCCUCGGCGGUCGGCUCGCAA